AGGAACAGGAGGACAAGCUGGGACUGGCAGGUUGGGAGAGGAGGGGCCAAAGACACAGGAACCUGUUUGAAAAUCAACCCUUCAGGAAAAGGAGGAGAAAACUGGGGCAGGAUGGUUGGAUCUGGCUUUUACUGCAGGAGGCCGCGGAUCACAGCAGACCUUUGACCCCUCACCUUCAGAGGCAUCGAUUGGAGGGGGCAGGGCCUGCAGAGCAGAGGGUGGUCAUGGCAGCAAAGUCCUCCCUGAUCAGCAGAGGUCUGGGUCUGGUCCUGGUGGAGUUUGAGUAUGAGUAUGAGGGUCGGGAUGGGGAGCUCGUCUCCAUCAAACCCAACGAGCGCUAUGUCCUGCUGGCUAAGACCAACGACCACUGGUGGCAGGUCCAGAAUGACCACAGCUCCAAGCCCUUCUACAUUCCGGCCAAUUACGUCAAAGAGCUACCAGGAAACUUCCCCUGCCCUCUGGACUUUGCUGAGCCACCCUGUCCUAAACCGGUGCCACAUCCUGUAGUGGCCCCUGUCCCUGUUCCAGUUCCCGUCCCUGUACCAAAGCCUCUGGAAGAACCCAGAUCCAAACCAGGUGAUGAGGUAACAAUCCGCCUCAGACCCGAUGCUUCUACCAUGUUCCACAAGAAAGAGAACCGUAUGUCCACAUUUGGAUUCCCGCUGGACUUACAGGACAAAGCAGCUCAGGUGCCAUCAUCUAGACACUCCAGCAACCUUCCUGCUGGUUCUGCAGAGGCCGGGUCUACAGUGUCCAGCAGAACUGCAAACAUGGCUGACAUGAGGAAGCAGUCCCCCCUGGAGGACCACAGGGACUCUGAGAAGCCCAGAGUUCCCAGUUUCAGUCCAGCAGAUCCCCAAUCCAUAUCCCGACCCCAGCCCAUUCCAGUGGAGAUGCCGGUAGUCCCCCCACACAACAACCUCCGCAACAUGUCCCUAUCACCUAAGGAGAUUCCAGCAAAGUCUGAGAAUGAGGAGGAGGAGGAAAUGGUUGAGGAGGACAUGAGCAUUGAGGAGAGCAGCGAGGAGGAGGAGUCACAGAGGGAGGAAGACUCAAACCACAUCUAUGAGUCCAUCCAGGACCUGAACCUAGACCUGGAUGCUCUGGUUGGAGGAAAUCAGUGUCCAGGACCACCACCUGAGUCUGCACCCGCUCCACCUCCUCUACCCACCACAAAGGAAAACUGCUCGCUUGGCCCUAACUUGCCCAUCUAUGCUAACAUCUCUCUGAAGAAAAGUCAGAUCUCUGUUUCUGGCCUUCCCUGCUCUCCUCCUUCAGACAGCGCCUCCUCACUGUCUGGCCACACCCUCUCAACAAGCCCCUCCUCCAGCAUGAUAAGCUCCGCCUCCCCCCUCAGCCCACAGGAUGGAUGGCAGGUCCACACCGACAGGAACAGCGGGAACUUUUUUUAUUACCACCCUGCAACCAGACAGACCACCUGGUCCGACCCACGCAGCCCUGGAGACCUGGACCUGCCCAGCCCGCCUUCCCCCGCCUCCCUUCAGGACUCUGUCUGGGAGCAGCUGCUGGAUCAGGACACAGGAAGAAUCUAUUAUCACAACCCCAAGACAGGAGCCACAUCCUGGACCCUGCCGGACCAGCUGUCCCCUCCAUCUACACCCGGAUCCAGGAGGCCCGACAACAGCCCGCCUCCGCUGCCAGCUGAAGACUACCCCAUGGACCCACAUGAAGAAGACACUGUCUUUACGGUGGGUCUGGCACCCAGAGCAGAGCUGGACCCGAAGGACCUGGACCAGCAGCGGAGGGAACAGGAGCAGAGGCUGCUGGGAAAUGGAGUUUCCGAGGAAGGAGCGGCGCCGCAGAUCCGGAUCCUGAGACACAGCAUCGCUGAAGACACCUUCAGUCCUGGCCACAGAAGGACCGGCUCCGACAUCACGGAUGGGACCAGCAAGAGACAGUCCCCCGAUGGUCCACAGUUUUCUAAUAGGUUCAGACUGAGGAGGAAUCUGUCCAAUCAAAGCACAGGCUCCCACAGGCAGCAUCAGGGCCACCCGCUGGAGAAAGCAGGCGUCGUCAACAAGACCAAGGUGGUGGAUAACGGCAAAAAGAUCAGGAAGAACUGGACUCAGUCCUGGACCGUCCUCCAUGAUGGGAUCCUUACCUUCCACAAAGAUCCCAAAUUUGCUCUGACUGGGAACGCUAUUGUUCCAGAAUACACGGUGGAACUGAGAGGAGGGUCGGUGUGCAGGGCCUCCAAAGACAAGUCAUCCAAGAAGAACGUUCUGGAGCUGAGGACUCGUCAGGGCUGUGAGUAUCUGAUCCAGAACGACACCGACAGCAUCAUCUCUGAUUGGCUGAAAGCAAUCCAGGACACCAUCCGACAGCUGGAUCAGGAGAAUCUCAGUGAGGAAGACGACGAGGCGGCCCACAGCAGUUCUUCAGGCCUGGAAUCGGAACACAGACAAGUUCGUAGCAAACUGCGACGCUUCCUCCAGCGCAGGCCGACGCUGCAGAGCGUUAAAGAGAGAGGGUACAUCAGAGACAACGUCUUCGGCUGCCACCUGGACACGCUGUGCCACAGAGAAAACACCACCAUCCCCAAGUUUGUGGAGAAGUGCAUCCGGACGGUGGAGAGGAGAGGUCUGAAGGUUGACGGGAUCUACAGGGUGAGCGGAAACCUGGCGGUGAUCCAGAAACUCCGACACAAAGCGGAUCACGAGGAGCAACUGGACCUGGAGGACGGGGCGUGGGAAGAGAUCCACGUCAUCACCGGAGCGCUCAAGCUUUUCUUCCGGGAGCUUCCAGAACCACUGUUUCCCUUCAGCUGCUUCGACAAGUUCAUCGCUGCCAUCCAGGUUCCAGACUACAACCUGAGGGUGUCCUACAUGAAGGACCUGGUCCGGUCUCUUCCUCUUCCAAACCACAACACCAUGGAGCUGCUGUUCAAACACCUGCGCAGGGUGAUUGAGCACAAAGAUUCGAACAGGAUGUCGGUUCAGAGCGUCGCCAUCGUCUUCGGACCCACGUUGCUCUGGCCCCAGACCGAGUCUGCCAACAUGACGGUCCACAUGGUCUUCCAGAGCCAGAUCGUUGAACUCAUGCUCAAAGAGUUCCAGACCAUCUUCUCUGAGAACUAAAAGAAUCCAUCUGGAGUUCCUCUGUCACCCUCCAGAACCCUCUGAGGGUCUCAUGGUGGCCUUCAGUUCAUCUGCUGAACUGCCAAAAAUCUUCCAACACCCCCAGAACCCUGGACCUAGACAUCACCUCCUUUCCAACCAAAGUCCACGAAGGACUAAACCCGGAACCCGUUGGGUACAUGGUCCUAAGAAUCCACCUGAUUUCCCAUCCUGAUAUAUGUUGUUUGGAUCUCAGAGGGGCUGGAGUCCUUCCCAGGUACCACCAGGGCCAUCCAUAGGUCCUGGAUCUAACCACAGUGAGAUGAUCCAAGUAGACCAGGAACCAUCUGAAACCCAGGACUGAUUCUCAAACCUUUCUUACAAAGUACCAAACCAAGUGGCUUGGUACCUGACGAACCAUGAUGCAUCUGCGUCCUGUACAACCUCGCAGACCUGCUGCUGGAUAACCCUGAUCCAAGUGAACCUGACUGAAGCCAAACAUCCCAGAUGACUGAAUCCUGAUCCAGAACUUCCACAGCAAACAUCUCAUUCUGACUCUGAACCUUUCCAGAGAGUCCGGGUCACUCCGGGAAUCUUCUGGAACUUUUCCAGCAUCCUCUUUUUAAAAAUCUGCUAAUUAAACCAGAAGAACAAGAUAAACCCACGUCUAAGCACCAGGGCCAAAGUGUAACUUGAGUGGUCCAGAACCAGUCCUGGAACAUGAAAUUGUCAGCAUGGAGAAGUCUUGAUGGGAAGUCUUUGGUGAACAUCUCCACCUUUUCUUUUAAAAAACAUGAAACCUCCGAGUGUUUCUCAUCCAAAGGUUCCUCAGCAGCUCCAGAGGAGUCCUCCAGGUUCCUCCAGAAACCACGGCGUCUUCCAGCAGAACCUCCUCUGAACCAGAAGUAAAUCCGAGAUCUGGAAACUUUCUCCAUCCUGCUUCACAUUUCCCUGAAAUCCAAACAGAACCUGCAGGUUGGGAUUUUUGGUCCCUCGGAGCUGCCGUACCUUCCAGCUACAUCUGUUGCAUGUUGGAAAUCUUCAGCCAAUCAGAGCCUACCUGGUUCCACCUGGACAGGGUUUAAUGAUCCAUUUUACUCCAACUGUCCUGAGAUCUGAACAAUUUAAAUUUAAUUCACAGAAAACUUCGAACUCCUAAACAAGACUCCAUGUUUCCUGGUGAAGGUCCAGCUGGUGGUGCGUUCGCUAGUCCAGAACAGGUUGUGUCUUUUCAUGGUGUGUUGAGUGUAAAUGAGUUUAGAGUCGAGUCAGGAGCGAGUGGAAGUUCUUCCCCCACUGCCCUCAGCAGGUCUAUCCACACGCCCAGUCACAUGCUGGUCUCUAACUGGAAACUAACCAGUUUCACCCGUUCAUCCACCAGCUUGUGGUGUGUUCAGGGUCACCACAAAACUCAGUUUCAGUUAGGAAAAUGUUUUCCUUCACUGGGAAACACUGGAUGAGAGUUUGUGAUGAUGUCAUCAAUCCUGUUCAAAAUGGAAGCAACAAGUCAAGAGAAGAAGACCUUCAUCACGGUGAAGAUGAGGAGGCAGAGCUGCUUAGAUCUGCUUCCCCCAGAUCCCGGACCUACUCGGAUCUACUGGGAUCUGUCUGAUCUGGGUCACAGGAUCAGGCAGUUAGGGCGUUAAACUGGUGGAAACAUGAGGCUGUGGACAUCAACAUAAACUGUAAUAAACACUCAGGCUGUGGGGGGGGGUAAUGGAAAGUCCAUGGACCCAGGACCUGUCCGUGGACCCAGGACCUUCCCCCGAGGGACGCCGCCACUUUCCGAAGAGCCAGACCCUGCAGCAUUUAGUUUUCAUGCGUGAAUUUUACAGGAAUAUUUGUUUUUAUCUGGCAUAAGAAUGAAACUUUAGAAAUGAACAGUUUUUAUAGUGUUACGUUUAGAGAUCAGAACAAAGUUAGCUGGAACGUAUCGGAGUCACUUCUGUACAUAAGAGCAUAUUUUACUGAACUUUAUUAGAAAUAAAACCGAUGUUUGACAUUU